GCGUCGGGCCCCCAGGCGGGGCGGCGGGCGCCGGGCCCCCAGGCGGGGCGACAGGCAUCGUGCCCCCAGGCGGGGCGACAGGCAUCGUGCCCCCAGGCGGAGCGGCGGGCACCGGACCCCCAGGCGGAGCGACAGGUCUCGGGCCCUCAGGCGGAGCGGCGGGCGCCGGACCCCCAGAUGGAGCGACAGGUCUCGGGCCCUCAGGCGGAGCGGCGGGCGCCGGACCCCCAGGCGGAGCGACAGGUCUCGGGCCCUCAGGCGAGCGGCGGGCGCCGGACCCCCAGGCGGAGCGACAGGUCUCGGGCCCUCAGGCGGAGCGGCGGGCGCCGGACCCCCAGGAGGAGCGACAGGUCUCGGGCCCUCAGGCGGAGCGGCGGGCGCCGGACCCCCAGGCGGAGCGGCGGGCGCCGGACCCCCAGGUGGAGCGACAGGUCUCGGGCCCUCAGGCGGAGCGGCUGGCGCCGGACCCCCAGGAGGAGCGACAGGUCUCGGGCCCUCAAGCGGAGCGGCGGGCGCCGGACCCCCAGGCGGAACCGUGGGCUCCGAGUCAACUGGGAUGACCGCUGGCACUGGGUCAGACAUUGGAUCGUCUGGCUGGACAGCGGGCAUCGGGUCACCAGGCAUCAGGUCAUUUGGCUCGAC